CGAAGUGCGAGGCCUCGGUGUGGACAGUAGGGGGCGCUGUCUGGAACCAGGGAGGAGUAGGAAGUGUCUUCUUCUUUGUGGCCACAUCACAUCCGGGAGCCAGAACGUCAACAAGAAAAAAAAAGGAAAAAGACAGAGGAUAAAACAUCUCCAAAAGUCUCUAGAUGCCAUUCGGUGUGCCAAAGGGAGAGAACUGUCAAGUGGACAUGGAUAGCAAGGCAGGAGAACUGUUCAACGCUGAGGAUGCUCAUCCAACUGGUACAGGUGGAGCUGGAAUCUUAUCAAAGCUCUGGCUCCCCAAAGGCUUCUCAGCCAGCAUGGCUAAAGAGUGGGUUGACAGGCGUCGACUGUCCAUUCGACCGUGGGCCGGUUUUGUAGACCAGCGCAAGUUUUCAAAACCUCGCAACUUUGGAGAGUUGUGUCAAAGGGUGGUGAAAAAUGUGGAGGUUUACAACAGCAACUACACCUUCAUCUUUUUGGGCCUCAUCCUCUACUGCAUUAUCAGCUCACCCAUGUUACUGAUUGCCUUGGCUGUGUUUGCUGGUGCCUUCUACAUAAUCCACCUAAAGUCUCUGGAGUCCAAAAUGGUCCUUCUUGGGAAAGAGCUAACUGUCCCUCAUCAGAUGAGUCUGGCUGGAGUUAUCUCACUGCCUGUGUUCUGGUUGGCUGGAGCAGGAGCUGCUGUGUUUUGGGUACUCGGAGCUACCCUGUUUGUGAUUGGCUCCCAUGCUGCGUUCCGUGAGCUGGAGGGCUCUGAUAUGGACGAGCUCCUCAUGGAGCCGGUGUAAAGGGCUGGACUGAGCAGGAUCUUGGUCGACGAUUAGUCAUCGUCUUCACUCUGUACAUUGUGUCAGCCCACAAAGGCUCUUAAAAAUGUUCCCUUGCUAGAUGUGUAACCUUUAUUCCCUGUAUUUCAUCUAUGGCAUUGUAUUAAGAAUGCACCUUGUCUUUCCUCAUACAUUACAUUACUGUUUUUAUAGGCUAACUCAUUCAUGCACAUAAUUUACCAUAUGUAAUUGAUUUCUUAAUAAGUAUCAAAGCACAUUAAUUGCCAGAUGAUAUGCCUUUUUUAUAUGCAUAUUUAAAACCCAUGAUGCCUCUUGAUUGUGUCAUAAAGCCUCUGAACUCCUUGUAUGUUUCUCUAUACGAGGACACAGCUUUUACACUAUGUAUGUCUUUUGGGCUGUAAAUUCUGUUUAUUUACACUUUGAAACUUCUUAAAACAGAAUUUUCCAAAGAAGUGCCAUUUAAAGCUUUAAAAUGAUCCCUAAUGAUAAAGUACUAUUCAUUUGUUAAUUGAUUAAAAAUUAAUUUAGGCUGUUGGAUAAAUUAUCAACCAGAUGGCAGGAAAGGUCAGUGCUUAUUCAUAGUAUUUUGUGCUUGGGAUAACAUUUUGCCUAUUAUCUGGUUGCAUAUUCAUUUUGUGUGGAACAUUCAGGUCUACAGGUCAAAAACAAUAUGUUGCUGUUUUUUUUAUUCUCUUUUUUUGUUUUCAUUUGAUUCAAGUUGUGUGUUUCAACUUCAAAUUAUAAAAGUGCAAUAAACUCCCAGUGCAAAGAC